UUUGCUCUUUCAGAUCAAAUGUUAUGCUAUUCAAUAAUUUGAUGAUUAAAUUCUAAAACAAGUAUGUAAUCAUCUUUUUAAAUAUAAUAAAAUGAAUCAAAAUAUUUACAAUAUCACUGUCUAUCAAUGAUAGAUACUAAUAGACACCGAUAGGCCAAUGAUAGAUACUGAUAGACACCGAUAAGCCACUAUCAUCUAAGUAUCUGUAGACUAUGACAUUUUACUAUAACCUUGUAGAUAUUUUUAGUAGUUUUGUCAUUUAAAACAAUUUUCUCAAAAAAAAAAUCUAAUAAUAUCAAAAUUUGAUUUUUAAAGUUUUGAAAAUGUAAAUCCAAACAUGAAACAUGAAAGUUGAGGUUGAAGAAAAAAAAACUGUGAUUAGAAUGUAAUAUUCAGCCCAGAAGAAGGGUAGUAGAGUAAUUUCGCAAAUUUCAAAACCAAUAACUCAAGCGGGCGGGCUUGUGGAUCUUACCACUAACCGUCAAAACCGCUACUCAUGUAAAGUGGGAAGAGGCAAAUUCCAAUGUUCGCUAGCGCACAGAAAGAGAAACUCAUCAACUAUUUGACUUCCAAAGUAACUAAGAAAUGAAACACAAUAACAUCUCAUCCACUCAUCCAAAAUCUAAUGGCCAACCUUCUCAGACUUUCAUGGAGCCAACCACAGAUAAGCAGAAGCAAAAAUAAAAGAAAGUUUCUUAUUUGACGCCUGUUGAAGAAGAAAGUAAAAACAGAGUUGCAGAAAAAAGAGGGACCGUGUUUGAAAAUGGAAAGACAAAGAGGAAUUGUCAUGAAGAAAGGGCCAUGGACGGCUGAAGAAGAUGAGAUUCUGAUUAACUAUGUCAAUAAGUUCGGUCCAAGAGACUGGAGCUCCCUUCGAUCCAAAGGACUUCUUCCCAGGACCGGAAAAUCGUGCCGCCUCCGUUGGGUUAAUAGACUUCAACCUAAUUUGAAGACAGGAUGCAAGUUUACAGCAGAUGAAGAGAGGGUAGUGAUUGAAUUACAGGCACAAUUCGGGAACAAAUGGGCGAAAAUUGCAACGUAUUUGGAGGGAAGGACAGAUAAUGAUGUGAAGAAUUUCUGGAGUACAAGAAGGAAGAGAUUGGAAAGGAUUUUGCAAACCCCACCACAGAAAUCUCAGAAAAACAAACGGAGUUUGGAACCUCAAAGACUCCAUGAAUUUCCUGCUUUAGAGGUAAAUAAAACAGUUUUCUAUUCAAUGGAACAUAAUUGCUUUCUUAAGUUAAUAGUUACCAAUUUACAACUCAAUCCUGUAGAUGUCCAACCUUGGUCUGUAAUGAAGAUUGGACUGUCACUUUUGGUAAUGUUUGGUAGUAUGGAUGAUGUAUUUGCAGGUUCCUAGCUCCAGCUCGUCUCGGCAGGAUGAACAAUCAUCAAC